AUGGCCGCCGCCUCGGAUGUUCGCGACAUGCUGGACUUGCCCGCUGAGGGCCAGCCCAGACCGGCGAAGAAGCAGAAAGUUGUCGAGAAGCGACCAGAGGGAAUCACCCGCGAACUGUACGCGCUUCUUGGUGAACGUGCGCCACCAAUCGCGAUCAACGAGAACAAAUACAAGGGGCGACCCAAGUUUAUGAACAAGCUGCGAGUGCGCAAAUGGUGCAUGACGCCCUUCGCGAACAAGGCCAGGUCCGACGGCCUGGUCUUGAACCACUGGCAACGAGAACACGAGUCGACUCGACCACCCGCGCCCGAACCAAAUCAGAUGGAACUGGAUGGGGCAAAGGAAGAAGGCAAAGAAGAGACAAAGCCGACGGAGCAGGAAUAUGCAUUCGCCAAGUACAACAUCAAGGCCCGCGUACCCCGUCAAUACACGGACGAAGAGUACAACCGACAUCUGAAGAGCGACGACUGGAGUCGGGAAGAGACAGACUACUUGAUGAAUCUCGUUACCGAAUAUGAUCUACGCUGGGUGAUCAUUGCAGACCGCUACGACUACCAACGACAUCUGGACUUGGAGCCCGACGCCAACGCGAUCGUGCCAGCCAAGCAAUACCGAACGAUGGAGCAGAUGAAAUCCCGGUUCUACUACAUCGCCGCCACAAUGCUGGCAAUCGAGCACCCGCCCUCCGAGAUGUCCGAAGCCGAAUUCGCCCUGCACGAACAAAUGUUGAAGUAUGACCCAGACCGUGAGCGAGACCGUAAGGACCUCGCCGCUCUCCAGCUCAACCGCACCGCCGACGAAGUGCGCGAGGAAGCCAUGCUACUCGAAGAGUUGAAGCGCAUCACAAGCAAUGAGCAAAACUUCAUCACCGAACGUCGCGAACUCUACUCCCGCCUCGAAGUCCCCAUCAGCGUCGGCAACACCGCCAUGUACCAGUCCAGCCAAGGUCUCUCCCAACUCCUCCAAACCCUCCUCCAAGCCGACAAGAGCAAGAAGCGCCGCUCCAUCCUCGGCCCCGAAGGCGCCAUCCCCAGUCCAGUCGGCCAAACUCCCACACAAGCCACCGCCCUAGGCCGCGCCGAAACACCCAGCACAACCGCAGCUACAAAGGAUACCAAGAAAGGCCCAGCUGCCCCACAGGCCCAACCCGCCGUACGCACCCUCACUCCAGCCGAGGAAGCCCGCUACGGCGUCCAACACCACGAACGUCUCUCAGGAGGCGUCCAAUUCCGCAGCGACCGCGCCCAGAAACUCACCCAGGCCAAGUCGAACGUACAAACUCAAAAACUGGCCAGCGCCCUGGCCGAGCUCGAAAUCCCCGUGCGCCUGUUCAUGCCUACCGAGCGCGUGUGCAAGGACUUUGAGAAACUCAUUCAAUCCGUUAACUUACUCCUGGACGCGCGCAAGGUCGCUGAAAAGGUCGAGAGUGAAAUCCGUGUCUUGGAAGCUGCCAAGGCUGAGCGUGAGCGUAAGAAUGCUCCCGAGACGGGCAAGGAUCCUGAGCAUCCGGAGGUGAAGACUGAGGCGGAUGAUGGUGCGAAUGGUGUUUUAGGGUCUACUGCUGCAAACGCGACUGAGGCCCCCGCUGAGGGCGAGACUGGCCAAGCAAAGGCUGGUGAAGCUGCAGCUGAUACUACCGCUACGGAGACGCCCGUCAAGGAAGAUGGGAAUCACAAGCGGUCCGCUAGUGUUUUGAGCAGUGUUAGUGACAAGAGCUCGAAACGUCAGCGGCGCUAA